AAAGGCAAUCAGUCGGUCUGAGUUUGCCAACCAAAGCAAGUGCUUUUUAUAUAGUGUGUCGGUCGGUCGUAUAUGUGGAUAUAGAGCUGAACCCCGUGCGUUUGUUUUACUUCUGUUGUAAAACUUUAAUGUGUUGUCGUCUCGUCGCGUCCUCGUCGCCGUCUUGGUCUUCGCCGUGUGGUCAGGAAAGUGAAAAAUGUAAACGUCAAUAGAUUCAGUGGAUCGCGAUGAGUGCAAAAAGUAGGCUUAGAUUUUUGACCAUUUUGUGCGACGACGACGGCUGCUGGAACUGUCAUUAGAGCGGAGUGUUUAUGUUUACGUAUCGUUGAGUGGAUAAGAGCUUCGUUUAAAGUCCACGUCCCCAAAAAAAGGGGUUUUCGCGCGGGGUGCGACCUCUUGGGUUAGGAGGAAUUCGCGUUCAAGGCCGCAGAAAUGGCGGACCGGACGGCAACCCGCCAGAUGUUGACCAUCGGGUUCCUGUGCGUCCUGUGGUACAUCGUGUCCAGCAGUAACAACGUCAUCGGAAAGUGGAUCCUGAGCGAGUUCCCGUACCCGAUGACGGUGACCAUGGUCCAGCUGACCAGCAUCACGCUGUACAGUGGGCCGUUCUUCAACCUGUGGGGCGUCCGGAAGUACGUGGACAUCUCGUGGCGGUACUACUUUAAGUUUAUCGUCCCGCUGGCGCUGGGGAAGUUCCUGGCCUCGGUCACCUCUCACAUUUCGAUCUGGAAGGUGCCCGUCUCGUACGCGCAUACGGUCGAGCGUGUCCAGCGUGGUGUGGCGCGAGGUGCAACUCUGCGAAAAACUGGUUACGUCGACGACGGUUACGCGAAAGACCCGAAAACUAUCGGCGGGCUGCGUAACCCAACGACGACCGUUGGGGGUACAUAA